ACGACGCUAUGAUCGGAGAUGUGGAAACUUCAGUACAACUACAAAGCAAACACACUCCUCACGAGAUUGCUGUGUUGACACGAGAUCCAUCCGGCUGUGAUCAUUUGACACACGUUCGUUGUACAAAACCGCAGACCAUCGCCGAGCUCAUGCGAGGCUAUCACAUACAAUGUACGACACUGUGGACCAACAACAACGUGAUGCUGUCGGCCACGGCUCCUUGCUUGGCUUUAGAGGAACUGUUUGUGAGUGUUCUACGAGCGAACAGCGUCGAAGAUGAGAUGCCCGUGCGCGACUCAUUGCAAACCAACCCUGUGUUGUAUCACACGUUCAAAAAGAGAAAGAUUGUAACUAAAUACAACGCCAUGAGACAAAGACCGUACCAUGUAUCGCGGGCAGGUGAGAGAGACGAGUGUACCUCGUUGUUGUAUUACACCGACAGUAAAAGUACGUUGCUUGAUGUGAUCAACAGCGAUGGACGUUUUCGUACAGAAGGUUUACGAUUCGAUCUCAAACACACGCCGUCUCAUGACACCGGCGAGGGUUCUUCUUCUUCAACAGCAACCAACGAUGAAAAUGAGGAGGUUAUAAUUGUAGAUCAGGAUGUUAUAAUUGUAAACAACAACGAAGAGUUACAAGGAACCUCUGCUUAUUUUAGUUCACAAUUUAUGAUGCGGGAGACCUCUGAAUAUCUAGGUUCAAAAAGUAUAAUGGAAAUCGAAGAUGAUACCAUUGUUUUAUCGUCCAGGCUUGCUACGGAGCCCCGUGAGCAGUUGUACGGUAUUAUGUUGUCAGAAACACGUUGCAGAUACACCUGCACUGUGUGUUUUAUUAGUUUGUCAACGCAUUACUUAGAAUGCGGUCAUGUUUUUUGUAUCAACUGUAUUCAGUCCAUUCGUAGGCUCACUAAUGAAAGAAGAGGUGGUGUGAAGGCUGUACAGUGUCCCGGAUGUAACGAGAAAUACACGUAUAAACCGAUUAUCACAAAUAUAUCGGGCGAUGCGGUUAAUCUCGAAAAUGAAUGCGAGAUGAGAUGUAAAUCGUGUGAUGGCAUCAAACGCUAUAUGACAAAAUGCGGUCAUUUAUCCUGCAAGUGCUAUAAAAUUAUCUGUUGUGUUUGUCGCAAGGGUCCUGUUACCGAAUUGACACCGCUGUGUGUGUAAAAACAGAGACCUGUUCUCCUA